CCAACAUCGAAUUUUAACCUGCUUUUGGGUUUUCGGGAAUUUUUCGCUCCUCUACGAAAGUCGAGUCCAGUGUCUGCUGCAGGUUUGUGUUGUGUUCGGUCACGAAGGGAGGAUGGAGUGGGAGGGGCUUCGAGCUCACUCUCGGCAGCCGAGUGGCUGCUCUCGACGUCAGUCGGGCUCGGGAAGAGCGCUGAUUGGUUGGCACGUAGCUGAGCUGCAGGUGUCCUGUGCUCUUAGAGAGGCAGGCUUAGGAGAAGGUGAUCAAUCUCCAUCUGUCUACAUUAGCAAUCACCUUUUACACCGACGAGCCUCCGAAAGCUUAAAACGAGUUUAUUUGGGGUUUUAUUUUUGUAUAAAAACUGCGGAAUUGCGCUCGAAACACAGCAAGUGUGUGAUUUAACCAUUUAAAUAAGAGGACGAGCACCCGCACAGAGACUGCCUGCUUUUAGGAGUGUUUUAAAGCUGGUUUAUUUGGGUUGCUUUCUUUUUUCUUUUCCCUUUUUUUUUUUUUUUUGUUUUUUUUUUUUUUUGAGUUGCUUCUGUUCGCUUUCCUGAUCUCUGCCAUUGGUUGGAUAUUUUUUUAUCGUUGAAGUGUCAAUCUGAGAAAAUAUACCCGACAAGGAAGUUCAAAAAGGGUCUGAAGCGCUCAGGCAAGCUGCAUUACCGGGGCGAAUCGCGUGCGAUCUGGGCCGAACCGGGGCGACCCGCGCCUGCCUCUAGCAUGAUGUCAUACCUCAAACAGCCCCCUUACGCCAUGAACGGCCUGGGGCUGAGCGGAGCCGCCAUGGACCUGCUGCAUCCCUCCGUCGGCUAUCCAGCAACGCCACGGAAGCAGCGGAGAGAGAGAACCACAUUCACGCGCUCACAACUCGACGUUCUUGAAGCUCUUUUCGCCAAAACGCGUUACCCGGAUAUAUUCAUGCGCGAGGAAGUGGCCCUAAAAAUCAAUCUACCCGAAUCCAGAGUGCAGGUGUGGUUUAAGAACCGUCGGGCAAAGUGUCGUCAGCAGCAGCAGAGUGGCAGCAGCAGCACAAAAGCUCGGCCAGUCAAGAAAAAAUCUUCUCCCACUAGAGAAAGCACAGGCUCCGAGAGCAGCGGGCAGUUCACGCCGCCGGCCGUCUCCAGCGCCGGCUCUGCUUCCUCGUCCACCUCUUCCUCAUCCUCCACCAACAACAGCAUGUCUACCUCGAUCGGCACGGUCUCGUCCAUCUGGAGCCCAGCCAUGUCUCCGGGUUCAGCGCCUCCCUCUUCGUCUCUCUCGGAGCCCGUUCCGCCCUCCAGCGCCUCCUGCAUGCAGCGCUCCAUCUCUGGUUCAGCUUCUUCCUCCUCCUCUUCCUCUUACCCCAUGUCCUACAACCAAACGCCGGCGUACGGCCAAAGCUACCCCGCACCAUCCGGAUCCUACUUUAGUGGCGUGGACUGCAGUUCCUACCUGACGCCCAUGCACUCGCACCACCACCCGCACCAGCUGAGCCCCAUGACGCCGUCUUCCAUGCCCACACACCCCCACCACCACAUCAGCCAAUCUUCAGGACACCACCACCACCACCACCACCAUCACCAGGCGUACAGCGGCGCCGGCCUGACCUUCAACUCCUCCGACUGCCUGGAUUACAAGGAGCAAGCGGCAUCCUCCUGGAAGCUCAACUUCAACACUGCGGACUGUUUGGACUACAAAGACCAGGCGUCCUGGAGGUUCCAAGUCUUGUGAUCUGGUGGUGGUUAUUGUAUUUUAUUUUUCUCCCCCUUACUUUUUUUUUUUUUCCCUCCCUACCCCCCCCCCCAACCUUUCAGUCACUCAAUCACAUACAUCACUCUCACUUUUUUGAAUAGUGUGCUGAGUUUCUAUAUAUAAAUAUAUUUAAAAAAAAAUAAAAACAAGUUAUAUGGACUUAGAGUUAACAAAAUAGAUGUUCAGCAUCAUAUUCUUUAAAAUAAAAUAAAAAAAAAAAAAAGAAAAGUGGGGGGGAGGAAAAAAAAAAGAGCCCUGUGUUUUGGAGAAGAAGGAAGGAGAAACAUGGCCUUGUGGAAGAGAUUUUUUUUGUUUGUUUUUAAAUCAAACCGAUUCUUUUUUUUUUUUUUUUUUUCUUUUCUUUUUCCCCCCCAAAUGAAGAUUAUAACAGACGGGUUUAAGCGACCUGACCUGAACAUCUUUUCAUCAUCCCCUCUUCAGCUCUGGAGUAAAAUACCCAUCACACAUUGCGCAAGACUGUGAACUCUGUACAGAUUUUUCUUUCUUUCUUUAUUAAAUCGGUUAUUUUUAGGCUGAGAGAGAUUUUUGUGUUUUUAAUCAGCUUGAGCCGAGCUGAAUCUUGUACAUAGGUAUAUGGGUCCGUUCCAGUGACCACAUUUUAGCUGGCGUUGACGGAAUUUGAGAUGGUUUAAUACUUUUAUGUUAAAUCUUUUUUUUUUUUUUUUGCGCCCCCCCCCCGCCCCCCUUGCAAUUUUUCCCACCCAGUAAUGAAGAAUUGACCGCUGCCGGACUCGUAUGAUAUAUGAUACGAUAUUAUAUAUGAUCUGAUGUGCUGAUCAUUUCGGUUUGGUUAUCCUGGAGGGGGGAAAAGAUUUUUAUAUGGAGGACAGGCCCUACGGGUGUAGGGGAAAAAUAUGAAAUGUAAAGGAAAGCAUAAAUUUUAGAGUAGGUGAAUUUGGGUAACAUUUCGUUCCUGUUAAUCGGAUUUUUUUUGUACAAAAAAAAAAAAAAGUCGGCAGCAGAAACUGGAUGAUGAUGAGGAUGAUGAUGAUGAUGAUGAUGAGGAAGUUUUUCUUCAUCGGUCUGCACGGACGUCGGACACAUUUUGGAAGCACUUGACGGACUUUCCCCCACUUUUGGAGAGAAAAAUGUGGACUUUUAAGGAACAUUUUUUCCCCAAAAAUGCCAGUGAGAUAUUGAAUGUAUUUCAGGCGCAGGCCAUUACAUUCCUGUCCGUAAUAAUAAUGAAAAUAAUAAAGAACAGUUAACU